AUGCAGAAGCUCCUCGUCACGCCCGCAAUAAAACAACCAGAACAGCGCGUACCGCUCGACCACGCACAAACCAUGGGUCGCACACGGAAGCCCACAGACCCCAGCAGCACCCCGAGGUCGUCAGGCAGGGAGGGGGAGCAAUCCAUCCGCUCCUACCUUCAAGCCACGGCCCGCCCGCGGUCACCGCAACGGGAGAUGGAGGAGGUGAGCCAGGGCAUGGAGUCCUUCCUCUCCACACCGGCCAGACUGUCACCCACACCCUCAUUCAGCUCUGAGCCACAAUUAACGCAGGAGGGUGAGUGGAGGGCCAUACUGCCAAACCUACUAACUAAAGCUGACUUUGAGGCCCUGUCAGACCGCCUGGGCAGGGUGGUGAGGGAGGAGGUGGCCCAGCUACGCGCAGACCUGGCCAAUGUGGAGGCCCGCAUGUCAGUAGCAGAGUCAGAGACCAGAGCGCUCUGCACAGACCUGGAACACACCAACUCCACAGUCACCAGCCAGGAAGCAGACCUAGCCAGUCUCACCACGUGGGUAGACGACCUGGACAACCGCGGCCACAGACUGAACCUGCGUGUCCGCGGGGUGAGGGAGGGUGACCCAGCGGAACUCAUACCCGACACCCUAAAGAGGCUGUUCGCUCAGAUACUGGGGGGCCAGCAAAUACCCAGACUUGGCAUAGUAAGGGCACACAGGGCACAGGGACCAAUGCCGCCACCAGAAGAACAACCAAGAGAUAUCAUAUGCUGCCUAGAAAAUUACCAAUUGAAAGAAGACAUCCUGUGCACGGCCCGACGCAUGGGAACCAUACGCUUCGAGAAUCAAACCAUAUCGAUUUAUCAAGACCUAUCUAGAUACACCCUACAAGCCAGAAGAGCGCUACGCCCAGUAACAUCCGCCCUGCAAUAG